ACAGCUAAGCAAAGCUAUUAUUUCGUGGGGGAGGGAGCGAGCGAGCGAGAGGGGCGGAUUGUGUUGCCCGCUAUCGCAACCGCUGCUUCGUUUGGAUCAAAGCGUGCGCGAACACGACAUCGUAGGAUCAUGACCCCUUCUCCUCCCCUCCUCCCCACCUCUUCCUCCUCCGGAACCCUAAUUUAUCGAGCCACUUCCUCUAAUUUGGAGACCCCAAGGCGCCGAUCGAUGUCGGGUUUCAUUCCUACCGCCACCGAUUGAUGGGCGUCGGUCUCAUCUCCAUUCCCCGGGUCGUCGAUUUGGUGGGAUUUUCUUGUCUUUGGUGAGACCUUGCGGCUUCGCGAGAUCGGUGGAGGGGGUGAUUUUUGUUGCCAGGACUACAGCUUGAAUUGGGUGCGUCUCCUGCUUGUGAUUGCGGUGGUCGGAUGGAGCCUCGCGUCGGGAACAAGUUCCGCCUCGGUCGCAAGAUCGGGAGCGGGUCCUUUGGAGAGAUCUAUUUGGGUACUAAUAUCCAAACGAACGAGGAAGUUGCAAUUAAGCUCGAAAACGUCAAGACAAAGCACCCGCAGUUGCUAUAUGAAUCAAAGCUCUACAAGAUCCUGCAAGGAGGAACUGGAAUCCCUAAUGUGAGGUGGUUUGGUGUUGAGGGUGAUUAUAAUGUCCUUGUAAUGGAUUUACUAGGACCAAGUCUUGAAGAUUUAUUCAACUUUUGCAGCCGUAAACUCUCUCUGAAGACUGUUUUGAUGCUUGCGGAUCAGAUGAUUAAUCGAGUGGAAUUUGUGCAUUCUAAGUCCUUUCUGCACCGGGACAUCAAACCAGAUAAUUUUAUUAUGGGUCUUGGCAGACGAGCUAAUCAGGUUUACAUAAUUGAUUUUGGUCUGGCAAAGAAGUAUAGGGAUACUUCAACACAUCAGCAUAUUCCAUAUAGGUUGCAAGAAGGUACCAUCAUUUUUAAUGUUCUUGUAAUCUAUUGCAGAGAGAACAAAAAUUUGACUGGGACAGCAAGAUAUGCGAGUGUGAACACACAUCUCGGCAUAGAACAAAGCAGGAGGGAUGAUCUUGAAUCUCUUGGAUAUGUUCUUAUGUACUUUCUAAGAGGAAGCCUUCCUUGGCAAGGUCUAAAAGCAGGAACCAAGAAGCAGAAGUAUGAAAAAAUUAGUGAAAAGAAAGUUGCCACAUCAAUUGAGGCUUUAUGCAGGGGAUAUCCUUCAGAGUUUGCUUCGUACUUCCAUUAUUGCCGUUCACUUCGAUUUGAGGAUAAGCCUGAUUAUGGAUAUCUGAAGAGAUUGUUCCGUGACCUUUUCAUCCGUGAAGGUUUUCAGUUUGAUUAUGUAUUUGAUUGGACCAUUUUAAAGUAUCAGCAAUCGCAGAUAGCUGGUGCUCCUGCACGUGCUAUUGGUGCAAGUGCAGGACCAAGCUCUGGCUUGGCUCCUGCUGUGGCCAAUGAUAGGCAGUCAGGUGAGGAAGGAAGGGCAAGUGGUUGGUUGGCUAUGGACCCUUCUCGUCGGGGACGAGUUACACCUCCACCUGUAAAUGCAAGCAGCUCGUCAAAGCAGAAGGCCCCUGUGGGGAAUGAUACAUCUGCCAGUAAAGAUGCUAUGUUUUCCAGUUCAACCUUUAUGGGACGAUCAAGCGGUUCAUCAAGGCGAGCUGCUGUUUCUAGUAGCCGAGACAUGGUGGGCCCUGACACAGAUCAAUCUCGCACUCGUACUGCUGAGGCCAGCCCAGUGACUUUCCACAAGGUUUCGAGUGCUCAAAGAAAUUCGCCUGCAGAGCACAAGCAUACUUCAUCUGGAAGGAAACCAUCUGCAAUCAAGAAUUACGAGUCCACGCUCAAAGGCAUCGAGGGCCUUAAUUUUGAUAGCGAGGAAAGGAACCAGUUAUAGAAAUUGCAAGUCCUGCUGCGACUUCCAUCCUUGUUCCUCUGUAGACAUCCAUUAACUAAAAUGAAAGUACAACUUGGUAUUUUUCUUUCC